AUGGAGAAUGAAGAAGCUGAUAAGAAGUUCACUUGGGUGAUAAAGAAUUUCUCAUCUUUGCCAUCUGAGAAAAUAUUUUCUGAUAUAUUCGUUGUUGGUGGUUGCAAAUGGCGUUUUAAGGCAUUUCCGAAAGGAAAUAAUAACGCUGAAAAUUUGUCUCUGUAUCUUGACGUUGCCGAGUCUGAAUCUUUGCCUUCUGGAUGGGAAAGAACCGCAAACUAUAAAACAGAACACUGUUUAGAUGAGAAAGAACCAGACUGGGGUUUCACAUCCAUGUUUCCCCUUAAUGAACUGGCCAAAGAUAGCGGAUUUCUGGCAAACGGAGAACUCAAAAUUGUCGCUGAAAUAAAGGUCCUUAAAGUUAUUGGCCAAUUAGAUGUGUACGGGUUUCAAGUUCUUCCUUCCCAGUUGAAAUCUUUGAGCCGUUUGUUUGAAAGGCAUCCAGACGUUGCAACAAAAGUCAGUAUAAAGAACCAGUAUCUGAAGACAGGGUACAUGAAUGUCCUACUCAGCUUGAUUGAGACUUUGCGCCAGUCUCCAAAGAAAAUCUCCAAGGAUGACCUUGAUGAUGCAUAUGCUGCAGUGGAAUCCAUGACUGAUGUUGGAUUUGAGUUGGAAUGGUUGAAGAAGAAACUUGAUCAAGUGUCAGAAAAGAAGGAGAAAGAGGAAGUUGGUGAGAUUCAGAUACAAAAGAUUGAGGAAGAGUUGAAAGAUUUGAAGCAGAAGUGCUCAGAUCUCGAAGUUCGGUUGGAGAAGGAGAAGGCAGAGGUUUUGGCCGCCAAAGCUCCUGUCUUGUUGGCUGAUGAUUUUUAA